AAAACAUUUCUCUUUAAAUUAGAAAAUGAAUCCAUAUUACUCUUAUUAUCCCAAUUCCUAAUAAAAUAGUAAUUAUCAAUUAAACUAUUAUAGACUAUUGGCAAUAUUAUCAAUAUAAUUAACUUUCCCAUUGGUAUUAGAUGAACAACCAGUAGUAAUAAAUUAUGUCCUACCAAGUAGGAUGUUAAAGCAUGCCAUAACAAGAUUAAAGCAAUAUUUAGUCUAAUAAUCUACAUCAGAUGAAUGAUCUCUAAAAUUAUGUUGAUAUAUAAGGUUUAGAGAGGAUGAAGACUUAAAAUAAUAUUGAACAAACUAAUUUAAAAAAUGAUCAAGAUUCAAAGAAAAAAGUAAAAAAAUAAAGAGGUAUAAUGUUUAAUCCUAUAUUUAGGUCAUUGGACAAAUGAGGAACAUUAUAAGUUCUUACAAUUUGUUAGACUUCACAGCGAUCUCUUCAAAACAAGUGUUCAUAAGAAAUUAAAUCGUGUAUUUAAAAUGAUGGCUGAAGAAAUUUAAACAAGAAAUGCUUGUUAAUGCAGAUCUCAUUUCUCAAAAUUUAAUCCAUUUAUUGAAACAGUAAGGUUAUAUAAUAUACUUCUAGAACAUUUUAAGAAGAAAAUUGUGUAAUGAUGAAUAAGUAUAUGAAAAAAUGUUUGAAAAUAAAAACAAACUUGAUGUGUAAUGA